CGUACAUAAGGAGGGCCUGCCUCCCCGUUCCCCACCGCACUGCCCAGAGGCCCCCGCCAGACACCGCAGCAGCCCCAGCCCCUGCAGUGCCGACGGCCGCCAUGGACAUCGCCAUCCAGCACCCCUGGUUCAAGCGCGCCCUGGGCCCCUUCUACCCCAGCCGGCUGUUUGACCAGUUCUUCGGGGAGGGCCUGUUUGAGUAUGACCUGCUGCCCUUCCUGUCGUCCACCAUCAGCCCCUACUACCGCCAGUCCCUCUUCCGCACCGUGCUGGACUCCGGCAUCUCCGAGGUCCGAUCCGACCGGGACAAGUUUGUCAUCUUCCUGGAUGUGAAGCACUUCUCUCCCGAGGACCUGACGGUGAAGGUGCUGGAGGACUUCGUGGAGAUCCACGGCAAGCACAACGAGAGGCAGCUGUUGUCAGAAGAUGGCUUUGGUUUUGCACAGCUUGGCCCAUCGCCGCACGGCGCUGCUUAUUGGUCCAGAGAGGAGAGCCAGGCCGUGGGCGACGGGGGCUCGCCCCCCGCCCCCCAUUUCUGGCUCUGCUUCCUGGAGCAGCCCUUCCUCACUGCAGCCGGGCACCUUCCAGGAAUGAGGUUCCCACCCAGCAGGUGGGAGAUGCCAGCCGCCUUUGUGCCCGGCUCCCGGACGUGCGGCAGUGGAGUCGCCGAUUAG